GCAGAGACGCUUAACAGCAAAACACGCGCCCACAAUGUGUUAGCGAGAAGUCGCGCGGAGUUUGGAAAAUACACACAGCGGUGGCGGGAGAUGUUCAGUGAAAAACGUAAACAUGGAUGAUUUCGGGGUUUAUGCGGUGUUUGGAUUAAACGCUCCACCUCAAAAGCUGUUAAGCGCUGACGGGUCUCGCAGGGUGUGUGUCGCAGUUCCGCCGACUGUCCACCAGGUGGUGCUGUUCAGCAGCGGGCCAUGGGGUGAGAGGGUGUGCGUAAACGCGGAGCUCAACGAUGCUGAGCGGAUCCCCAUCACCAUCGGCAAACUGACUCCUUACAACAGGUGUCUGUCAUGGGAACAGUGGGAAGAGGAGACGUGGACAGAAAGUGUCACACUGAAUGUCACUCUGGAGGGAGGAGACAUGUCGAAAGCGGGUCGGUCAGAACCAGAACUCAUCCUCGCAGUGAAGGAAUACACACCAAAGGACACCACGGUUCCUCCCGCCUCGCGAGAGCCCAACGGCAAGAGGAAAAGAGGACGGACGGUAGAGGACGGUGAUCACCAGACUAAGGUGGCAGAGGCAGGCGAAGAUGAGAAUGUGUGUCCAAAUGGAACAGUGGAGAAGACCACACCUGUGCGAAAACCCAGAGGGCAAAGCAGAGGGGGGCAGAAGCUGUUCAGCGGUGGAGCAGACGCAGCAAAGAUGAAGGGAAAAGCUAAUGGAGCAGAAGAGGUCCAGAGGAUUGUGGGUCAGACGCCUCCUCAGAGCGCAUCAAGGACAAAGAGUAAACAGGCCAAGACUCCCACACAGACCGUCGCUCCAGUGAGCCCGUCGGGUCGAUGGGGACAGACUCUUUGCCCCGUCGAUGCUCAGACAGCGAUUCUGAUCGGAGGACAGGGAGCCAGGAUGCAGUUCUGUAAAGAUCCUAUGUGGAAGCUGUGCACAGAGGACAUGUCCUGGAUGGCGGCAGAGACUCUCGCAGAAGGUCCAACCCCCGAGGCCAGGAUUGGCCACACAGCCGUCCACGACCCCGACUCGAAGCGGAUCUUUGUAUUCGGAGGCUCCAAAAACAAGAAGUGGUUCAACGAUGUUCACAUUCUGGACACACAGAGCUGGAAGUGGACUAUGGUGGAGGCUCAAGGUAAGGUGCCACCUCUGGCGUACCACAGCUGCAGCAUGUUUCGGGGGGAACUCUUCGUACUGGGAGGAGUUUUUCCUCGUCCAAACCCGGAGCCAGACGGCUGCAGCGACUCACUGUACAUCUUCGAUCCCCACCUCUCCAUCUGGUACGAACCCAUUGUGACGGGCGACAAACCUUCUCCCCGCUCAGGUCACUCUGCGUGUGUGAUGCAGGGGAGGAAGAUCUAUGUGUUUGGAGGAUGGGACACUCCUGUCUGCUACAAUGACAUGUACAUGUUGGACCUUGGUCUGAUGGAGUUUGCUGCUGUGAAAACAACUGGUAAAGCCCCGUCUCCUCGGAGCUGGCAUGGCAGCGCUGUGCUCUCAGACACAAAGUUUCUCAUCCACGGAGGUUACAACGGAAACAACGCUCUCAGUGACACCUUCAUCUUUGACAUAGACACCAACAGCUGGACAGAAGUGAAGCUCCCUCAGCUCUCUGUACCCCGGGCGGGUCAUUGCCUCAUCACCAUGGAUACAGUCGGUCACCACCGUUUCUCGGAGGACGAUGAAGACGUCGACAUGGACUUUGUCGGCAAAACUCUGCUGGUGUUUGGAGGCGGUGACAACGAGGGCAACUUCUACUCGGACCUGACAACUGUUGCCGUGGAGGAACUGCUCAGUUCUAUUUAAAGAGAGAGAGUUAGGUGACCUUUAUUAUUUAUAUUCGUAUAGUUGGUCUUUUAUUAUUUUUCUGUCAACAUGCCCCUUUCCUCUCCGUUAUGCUUUUAAAAUGUUUUGAACUUGUUUAGUACGUGUGCAUUUUGGGCAUUUCUUUUUUUUAAUACAGAUCUCAGCAGAGAUAUUCAGAAGUGUCAAACAGGAUGAAGACAUUUAUCUACAAAAUAGGAGCAAUGAUCUUUGUUUUGAUCUUAAACCCUUUCAGAUUUAAGUCAUUGAGGAAUUUAUUUCCACUUGAUUGUACAUAGUUUAAAGCGCCUCAAGUUUUUCCUCAGUUAAAAUAAAUAUUUUUAUUUUCGUUAUCCCUGAUGUUGCCUCUGGCUAGCAACAGGUGUAUUUCCUGUUUUUAUAAUGUUCAAAGUUCAUUACCUGCAAACUACUGUGUGAUUUAGUCAGAAUCUCUUCUUUUUGAUCAUGUUUCUGUGCUGUCCAGUUUCGCACAUCUUUACUUACUUUACGCAUCUUUACUUAAUAAACAUGUAAACAUCUACA